UUUCUCCCAUUCUGUAGGUUAUCUAUUUGGUCUGUUGAUUAUUUCCCGCAGAAAUAAUUUCCUUCUCUGAAGGAAAGAAGCUUUUUAGGUUAAUCAAAAACUAUUAGUUUUUGUUGUUUCUGUACAAUUACUUUUGAAAACUGGUACUGCGAUGAUGGGCAGCAAGAUGGCGUCUGCCAGCAGGGUCGUGCAGGUAGUCAAGCCGCACACUCCAUUAAUACGAUUUCCUGACAGAAGAGACAAUCCUAAACCCAAUGUAUCAGAAGCUUUGAGAUCAGCAGGACUACCGUCUCACUGUUCUGCAAUUUCCCAGCAUUAUGAGGGAAGUAAAUCACCAGAUUUGCUGAUGUAUCAGGGUCCACCAGAAACUGCAGAAAUAAUAAAAACAUUACCUCAGAAAUACAGAAGGAAACUUGUGUCUCAGGAAGAAAUUGAACAUAUCCAACGUGGAGGUCCAGAGUAAUCACUAUGGCUGCUGUUUGUCAUCAGACAAAAGAAUUACCUUUACAAUAAAUGACGUCCAAAAUGAAAAAGGAUAGAUGGGGCGGCGCCUGUGGCUCAGUUGGUAAGGCGCCGGCCCCAUAUACCGAGGGUGGUGAGUUCAAAC